AUGGAUGCCCAAGGUAGAAAAGUAAUUGUAUGCGAUAAUGGUACUGGAUAUAUUAAAUGUGGUUAUUGCACAUCGAAUUUUCCUGAUUAUGUAUUUCCAUGUAUGGUUGGACGACCAUUGAUUCGUUCUCGUACUAAAGUUAAUAAUAUUGAAGUUCAAGAUAUAAUGGUCUGUGAUGAAGCACAAAAAGUUCGACAAAUGCUUGAAAUAAAUUAUCCUGUGGAAAAUGGUAUUGUAACUAAUUGGGAAGAUAUGAAACAUAUUUAUACCUAUUUAUUUGGUCCAAAAAAGAUGAAUAUUGAACCUGAAAAAGCCAAAAUUCUUUUAACAGAAGCACCACUUAAUCCAAUAAAAAAUCGUGCAAAAAUGUUAGAAGUUAUGCUUGAACAAUUUCAAUUUCAUGAAUGUUCAUUAGCUUAUCAAGCUAUUUUAACAUUAUAUGCCCAAGGUAUUUUAACUGGUGUUGUUGUUGAUAUUGGUGAUGGUGUUACACAUGUGUGUCCAGUUAUCGAUGGAUUUUGUUUACAAAAUUCGAUUGCAAGACUUAAUAUUGCUGGACGAGAUAUAACAAAAUAUUUAAUUCGAUUAUUACUUCUUCGCGGGUAUGUAUUCAAUCAAUCAGCUGAUUUUGAUACCGUUCAACAAAUCAAAGAAAAACUUUGUUAUGUUGCUCAUGAUCUUGAUCAAGAACGUCGUUUAGCAUUAGAUACCACUGUUUUAGUGGAAAGUUAUACAUUACCCGAUGGUAGAACAAUAAAAUUAUCUGGUGAAAGAUUUGAAGCACCUGAGGUUCUCUUUCGUCCAUCAUUAUUAGGCAUGGAAGUUCAGGGUAUUGCUGAACAAGUAUUUAAAGUUAUUAAUAGUGCACCAAUGGAUGAUCGAAGAAAACUUUAUAAACAAAUUGUACUUAGUGGUGGUACAACAAUGUAUCCAGGUUUUGGUACACGUCUUGAACGAGAAUUAGAAAAACUCUAUGAAGAUCGUAUUCUUAAAGGACAACCAGAUAAAUCAGCGAAAAAUGUUAUUUGUAUUGAAGCACCACC